AUGUCCGCACCACCACCUCCAGCACCUCCGCUCCCGAGCUUGGGACUCACGCUCGGUGCCCUUUAUGUCGGAGUCAUCGUCUCCGUAUUCUUGUUCGGUAUAGCAACGCUGCAGACGUACAAUUACUAUGUCAACUUCCCCACGGACAAGAUGCGAUUGAAGGCGCUGGUGGGCGGUCUUUGGGUCAUGGACGCCUUCCACUGUGCGAUUAUAGCGCAUGCCGCGUACCAUUACGCCAUCGCCAACUAUUUCAACCCAGCGGUCCUGGAGUUCGGCGUCUGGUCGCUCGACAUUGGCACCGUGGUCACGGCGAUUGUAGCGUGCACCUGCCAGGCGUUCUUCACCGUACGGGUAUGGGUCCUCGGCAAGAACUACAUCGUGACGGCGGUGUGCGCGAUCCUGUGUUUGCUCAGGCUGGUCCUCAGCAUCGUCACGACGUACGGCUCGCUUCACAUUCGCGACGUCGCCGUUUAUGAGAAGAAAUUCGGCUGGAGUAUCCGUACAGGUCUCGGCGUUGCAACUGCCGCCGACGUGUGCAUAGCGGCAGCUCUUGUUUACUAUUUGUCACGAAACCAGACGGCGUUCGCGAACACCAAGCGCUUGAUCCAGCGGAUGCUCACUUUCACGAUCGAGACAUGCUUAAUCACUUCGACGGUCACCGUCAUUGAUAUCAUUUGCUUUGCCACCAUGCCCGACAACUUUGUGUUCUUGGGCCUUUACUUCUUAGUGUCCAAGCUGUACUCGAACUCGCUGCUGACUUCACUCAAUGCCCGUCAAAGCUUCAGGGAGGGCCAUACCGGCCCCUCACGCUUGACCACGGGCACCAGCGGCGUCGGAAUCACGACGGGCACAUACAUUAACCGAUCCAACCCAUAUUCUUCAAAGAUGUAUGGCUCUGAUAUCAAGAGCGACCCGGAUCCGAUGGAUGUUAGUGCAGGCGAGACCGUCACCGUGGGCGCUAUCGAGUUGUCGGAUGCCCGUAAGUAUCAGCCCCCGUCGCAAUGGCAUGAGUGA